UCCCCUCCAUCCCUCCAUCUCUCCAUCCCUCCAUCUCUCGCGCUGGCUCAGGGACUGCACUGCUGCAGCUGAAUGAAACCGAUCCAGGUAUUUCUUCUCCUCUCUGCUGCUAAAAAACUCUCUCCAGGCUGCUUUAAGAGCUCGUGACGGGGUCGUGGACGCUCCGGGGUGCACGAUCUCACGGUACUGCAGGGGCUUUCGGUGGUGGAGGUGGUGGUGUAGUGGUGGUGGUGGUGACCUUCCCCGGCCGUUUGCAGUCAUUGUGCGCGUGUGCGUAACUGUGCAUGCACAUGAGCAUAAAAGAGAGAGAUGAAAUUUAAAGGGGGCGGGUGGUGAAGGGGGAGGUUGAGGUGGGAGGUGUGUCGGAGAGGGGAGACAUUUUUUUUUUUGUGAAUGGAGCUCCACAUCCUUUUGGCGCGAGCGCGCGCGCGCUGGCAGCUCCGCUCCGGCUCGGCUGAGCUAAAAUUAGUCUCGUGCCGGAUUCUUGUGUCUGCGUGCGGCGACGGUGUUUGCAGCAUAUGUGGAGCAGGAUCCGAAUUAACGAGGGUCUCUGAAUGCAAACUGGCACUCACGUCUGGGCACGCGCUUCAUCCACGCCACCGGUGAAUAGGACAGCAGCUUUACCGCCGCGCCGUGCUGUGCCGUGCCGUGCCGUGCCCCAGGACGUCAUGCACCAUUUUUAGAGAUGCUCUAAAAAUAGAAUAGUGUUGAUGAUGGUUUUAUUGAACAUCUUCAGUAUCUGGAGUCCUAUCGCUAUGAUUCUCUCCCUGGCUGCCGUAGCAGCCAUGAGUAGCGGCAGCGGCAGCAGUCUCAACUCCUCCUCCUCCCUCGACCCCUUCGACUCCUCCACCUCCUGGAGCCUCGCGGAGGACCCUUCCAACUCCUCCUCCGAACCUGUCAUACGAACUCUGACCCCUGACCUCCAACCGGCGACCACAGCUGUCGCUCUCCAGGAAGUCAACCCCUGGGAUAUCGCGCUCUGCGUGACCGGGACGCUUAUCUCCUGCGAGAACGCGCUGGUGAUCGCUGUGCUGUUCUACACGCCGACGCUCCGCGCCCCGAUGUUCAUCUUGAUCGGGUCGCUGGCGGUGGCGGAUCUUCUCGCCGGCCUGGGCCUCAUCUUGAACUUUGUCUUCACCUAUUUGAUUGACAGCUCUGUGGAGUUUGUGACGCUUUUGUCCGUCGGACUGCUCAUCUCGGCCUUCUCGGCGUCCGUCCUCAACAUUCUCGCCAUCACGGUGGACCGUUACCUGUCGCUGUACAACGCCCUGACCUACCACACUGAGCGGACGGUCACCUUCACCUAUGUGAUGGUGGUCUUCAUCUGGGUGUCAUGCCUCGCGCUCGGCUUGCUGCCAGCGCUCGGCUGGAACUGUCUGAGGGAUGAGUCCACGUGCAGCAUCUGCCGGCCCGUCACCAAAAUCAACGCCGUGGGACUCGCCGUCACCUUCCUCCUCGUCUUCGCCCUCAUGAUGCAGCUCUACCUGCAGAUCUGCAAGAUCGCCUUCCGCCACGCCCAGCAGAUCGCCGUGCAGCACCAGUUCGUGGCCAUCUCCACCACCAAAGGUGUUUCCACACUGUCGGCCAUCCUGUGUGCCUUCGGGGUGUGCUGGUUGCCGUUCGCCAUGUACUCCAUCGUGGCCGACUCCAGCUACCCCGUAAUAUACACCUACGCCACAGUCCUCCCGGCCACCUGUUGCUCUGUGAUCAACCCCAUCAUCUAUGCGUUCCGAAACCCAGACAUCCAGAAGUCGCUGUGGAUGGCGUGUUGCGGGUGCGUCCCGUCCAACCUCUCUCUCAGACCCAGGACCUCCAGUGACGUGUAGCAGCGAAGGUUGGUUUCUGUCUGGUGUGAUGCUCGACGCUGAGUCAGGAUUGUAGGAUGGGAGAAAGAGAUCAGGAGAUGAAAGUUUGAAGGUCAUGUCAGAGGAAAGAGAUUUCCUCUACUCUUCAUAUUAGGGCUGGUAGGCUGAUGGCAAACGUACGGGUCGCCACAGUAAAAGUGGCGCUGGAACAUGGCGAAGGGAGGACAGUGCAUGGUCAAAAAAAAGAUAGAGCUAAUAAAGAUCAUGUGGCUUGGAGAAAACCAACAGGAGGUGAAACCAACUGCAAAAACCGGAUUAAGGUGUCCGGAGGAGGCGGAGGGUGCGACCUCAUUUCGGGUGCGAGAAGCGAGGCCUGCUUCUCAAGAGUAGCAUAUAUGUGGCGGCGGAUUUAGGAAGAAACAUCCUAAACUCUCCAUAGGACCUGAGCUUGGGCAGCACUGCAUGGUUAUGCAAUCAGACGGAGUGAAACAGUCUUAAAAUACUGUGUUUGAAAUGAAGUGGAUAAAAAUACAACAAGCUAAAUAUACACAACGAAUGACCUUGAGUAUUCUCAAAGAAUUAUCUUUGCAGUCAAACAAGAAUUUUUCCUCCCUUGAAACACAUUUUAAUGUUCCCUUGAUCUGAUGCAGAUUAGUGAGUUUAUAGACAGAGAGGGUGCAACGAUAAUGAACUCUUAUGUGCUGAGAUUAGAUGAUCAUUAACGCUGCUAGCCUGCCAACGCCCGUUUUCCUAAUGCCAACAGCACAAUGUGCAAUUUGUCAAACAUGUUUCAACGCAUGAAGUUGGUGAGAAAUUACCUCCUCAAACAUUCAGAUCUAAAGGCUCCUAAUGCAUAGAUAGAACCCCGUCAAAACCUAGAGAGGGAUUUCCACAUUUGUGCUGUCCUUGAUGUGAUGAAAUCAACUCUGAGAAAAACGGGUUUUCUCAGGCAGCCGCUGCGCCGUGACUGUGAAGCAGAGCGAGCUGGAUUCAGCACCAAGGACAGCGCCACUGCAGAGCGCUGCCUGCCACCCUGGGAAUGCUCUCUGCUGCGGGGGGAGAGCACUGGAAAGUAGGCUACGCUGUUCUCUACACCAUCUUGAUAGGGAAUGUGAGAGAGGGGCUUUAAAGGGUCAUUCCAGCAUGAUUGGAGUUUCAUUGCUCAUUUGCCACACAUUCAGUGUUGAUUGACUGAUAGUUAAAGGUAUUUUAAAAUGCUUUUUGCUAUAACUUUCACUAUCAUUCGUGUGAUUCAGUCCUGAAAAGACUAGGUUAAUGUUGUGUCUAAUUUGGCCAGUAAAGGUGGUGUAUCACUGAUGGUACAUGUCCACGGGGGCGUUUUUAAUCGCGAGGGAUCGCCUUGUUUCCCAACAGUGGACGGUUGAUGGGCUGCCACGAGACACAAGGCACCUGAUUGGACGAAUGCUUUCCCUCGCGGGCUGCUACUCGUUUGGAAUCUUUCUUCUCCUAUAUCAUAAAAAUAGUUCACUGAAAAGUGUUUCUGAAAAAAUUGUAUGCAAGAAAUAAUCCAUGCAGUUGCUGAAUCUCUUUAUUUUGGAACGACAACAUUUAGUGUAAAAGUUUCUCGGGAGUUUCCAGAGGAGGCGAGUCGCGCUGCUCAACCCUGAUUUGCAUAAAGUAGCCUAGACCUCAACGUUAUGCAAAUGAGGAGCAGCCAACAUGACGCCCCGUGCAUUGCACGGGGCCUUACAUAGAAAAUGAAUGGGAAACAUGGAAAGGACGGAGGCUGUGGACCACCAGGAGUCACUUCAAAGUGUAGCCAAUGUCAAACAAAAUGCUUUCACCAGCUAUCAUAAGUGAGAUUAAAGGUGCUAUUGAUAACAACUAGAUGUUGCAUUCUCCCUCCCCCGUUCUAUUGCAUUUACUUCACAACAAGCCGUUGCCGGACACUCACCGU